AUGCAAAUUAAAGAUAUAUAUAAUCAAACUGUAGAUUUAUUCAAUCAAAAAGUAGAUAUUGAUAUCAUUGAAUCAAGCAGUUUAAAAUGUUUAAUUAAAUCAUCUUUUGAAAAGUCAAAUAGUUAUUCACCUAAUACUAAUAAUGAUGAUGAUGAUUAUAAUAGUUUAAUAUCUAUAUACAAUGAAGUCAAUUCUAAAACAUAUCAAAUCAUUAAUAGUGUAAAAAGUGAUUGGAAACAACUAGAUAUUAUAUAUAGAGAUAUUUACUCAUAUAGUUCUAUAUUAAUAUCAUAUUAUAGUCUAGCUCAACAAUCAUCAUCUUCUUUAUCAAUAGAAGAUUACUUAUUAUCAUUAUAUACAAGCAAUAAUAAUAAUAGUAGUAAUAGCAAUAUAAUACAGUCAAUAAUAAGUAAAUUAGAUUAUUCUUUAGUAUUUGGUGGUAAUCUUUUUUACAAGUUAAUCAUACAGUUUAUCGAUUGUUUAACUGUUUAUGUUGAUCAACAAUUAUCAUUUUCAUCAACAAAUAUCAACAUUAACUAUAAUAAUAGUAAUAACAAUAGUAAUAAUAAUAAUGAUCAAUUCAAUUUACAUUUAAAUAUUAAUAAAUCGAAUGAAAUUGAAAGAGUUGAAUUACCUUCAUUACAAUUGUUUCAAUCAAAGUAUAUGAAUGUUGGUAGGCCUGUUAUUAUCAAGCAAUCGAUGCAACAUUGGCCAGCAAUUACCACUCGACCAUGGCGAAACCUAGACUAUUUGAAAUCAGUUGCAGGCUUAAGAACAGUACCAAUUGAAAUUGGAUCAACCUAUUUAGAUGAUAAAUGGACACAACAAUUAAUGACAAUAAAUCAAUUCAUAGAUAAUCAUAUUAUUAAUAAUAGUAAUAAUAGCAGUAAUAGUAAAAGAGAGAUUGGAUAUUUAGCACAGACAAGAUUGUUUGAACAAAUAACAAAGUUAAGAAACGAUAUUGUUAUUCCAGAUUAUUGUUUUUUGUCUAAUUCUAAUAGCAACAACAACCAAGAUCAAGAUCAAGAUAGUGAUCCUAUAAUUAAUGCAUGGUUUGGACCUAGUGGAACAACUACACCACUUCAUUUCGAUCGUUACAACAAUCUCUUAUGUCAAGUAGUAGGAUCAAAGUAUAUUCGUUUAUAUUCAGCCGAUCAAUCACAUCUAUUAUAUCCUUAUGAAAAUGAUAUUCUUUCAAAUACAAGUAGAAUCAAUAUUGAAUCAGUAGAUUUAAAUGAAUUUCCAAAGUAUAAAGAUACAAACUAUUUCGAGUGUAUUCUCAACGAAGGUGAAGCUCUCUAUAUUCCGCCGAGAAAAUUAAUUUAA